AGUGACGGGAAAGCCAACAAAAAAUCUUGUGUGUGAGAGAAUCAAUGAAAUGAAAAAAACCUAUAAAAUCCAAAAUAGGCCAUUCUCCAUUUUUCGAUCUCCCAGAAUUCGCUUCUCUAUUCGUUUGCCCCACCAAACAUUUUAGAUUGUAUUAAAAUUAUUUUUUAGAUUUUUUUUUUUAGUUUUAGUUCUUGAAAACAUUUUUUCCUCGUCGUCAUUUGAGCUUCCUAGUCUUGGAAAAUAAAAAACCUGAAAAAGAACGAAGCAACAAAAAAGAAGAAGAAGAAGAAACAAAUCUUGGGAGCUCCUUCCGCUUUUUCUUGUGCAUGGUGUACCUCAUCGAGUCUAUAGCUAAGAGUGAUUCAUCAAUUCGUUUUCCUCUACACCUACAAGUGCAGAAGAUCUUAUGAGACAUUUGAUUUCUCAUUGAAGAAAACGUUGCGAGUCGUACUAUCGUAUUAUUAGGCAGGGCAGAUGGAUGAAAACAAUGCAGCAAAGUUAACCGGAAUUCGGCAGAUCGUUAGGCUAAAGGAGAUUUUGCAGAAAUGGCAAACUGUAACGAUAGGUUCUAAGUCAGAUGUUCCUCCACUGGAAGCUGGAAAGCAAGCGGCGUCACUAGUUUCACCAGCGAUCAGCAAGAGGCUAUUAGAUGUCAAGAAUUGUGACUCGGAUGAGGAAAACAGUCAAAGCCCUAAGACUCCGGCUGAUGUUCCGAGAGGGUAUCUAGCGGUUUAUGUUGGACCGGAGCUAAGGAGGUUUAUCAUACCAACAAGCUAUCUCAGCCAUUCUUUGUUCAAAGUUUUGCUCGAGAAAGCAGAAGAAGAGUUUGGGUUUGAUCAGAGCGGUGCGCUUACCAUCCCUUGCGAGGUCGAGACUUUUAAGUUCUUACUUAAAUGCAUGGAGAACAAUCUUAAAGAUAAUCACCCUGACGACAGCUCCGCUAGGGAUGCACUAGAACCGAAGGAAGAGUAAAUACAAAUCAAGUGGAAAUUGUAAUUUUUAAUUAUUGAUUAUUGUUAUCUUUUGCUUAUGUUUAACAUAUGUGGAUGGAAAUUGUUAGGUGAUUACUUUGGGGGUGUAAUUGUAAAAUCAGGUUAUUUUUUA